GUUGUUUGAGAAAACCAUGAGUUCGUAUACAGGAGACGACCCUCUGGAUCAUUGGGGCUCGCUCGUGGUGUACAUGGAGUCCCAGGAUGCAGUCCAUGAACUGUCUCAGGCUCUGGACCGUCUGGUGCAGGAAUUUCUGAACGUGGAGAAAUACGCAAAUGACUUCCGAUAUGUCAACUACUGCAUCAGAUGUGCGAGCUUUUACCCGGAGCCGGUGGCCGUGUACAAUCACGUUUUCAGUAAAGGAGUCGGCACGAGGACGGCGGCGUUUUACGUUUCCUGGGCGAAACAGUUUGAGGAGAACGGGAAGAUCGAACAGGCCGAGGCUGUUUUCCAGAAAGCUUUAGAGAACCAAGCUCAGCCCGCAGAAACCGUGCUCAACGAACACAG